AUUGAUGAACUAGUCAACCUGAAGCAUCUGGACAUAAGCUACAAUGAGCUUUAUUAUUUGCCUUCGGCGAUACUCGAUCUCAGGCUUGAUGUACUGGAUAUUACUGCUCAUACCACUAUGCAUUUGAAGCCGCCGGAGCAGAAGCGCAAUCGAGACGUAUGCUUACUGCAGGAAUUUGCUGCUGCAGCUGUGAUGAAUUACAGAAUCAAUACAGAUUUGUUGUCUCCGCCACAACGAAAGAUGCUAUCGACCCUAACAGCCCGGUGCCGAUGUGAUAACGGCGGGUACACCUAUUGUCCGGCUAGUGCAGCUGUUGAAACGUUUGUAGUAAUGAAUAUUGGGUCAGUGGCACAAACAGUAAUUUCUCAAGGAUUGAGCUAUCCUGCGACUAUUCGAAUUUUGAAAAGUCGCUGGUCCGAAUCCCGAAAGCGCAGCUAUCGUAUUCGUACGUUCCAUUUCAUCAUUUUUAUUUCUCUGCUCUUUGCCUGGGAAUGUGCUUGCAUAACAGUGGUGCUUUUCACAGCAUGA